AUGAUGCUGCAUCAGAAACAAAUUAUAGAGGCUCUUGGAAUAAGAGAGAAGAGGGAUAGCUACCUAAUCAGCCCAUAGAAAAUCUAGGGAACUACCCAACAAUAGGAUUUCAGCAAGGGGAGUCUAGUAGCAUGAAUCUAAGAAAAAACCCACAAAAUAAAAAUGUUAGGACAGUGACGUGACUCAGUCGUUGUAUGUUAAAUCACGCAAAUUUAAAAUUUAUAAAACUAGAAAAUACGAAUUUUCGGAUAUUUAGAAGUAUUUCAAAAUAAAUAUAUCAAUUAUAAUUCAAUAAAAAUCCCAAAAAUAGUGGUAAUUUUCCAGGUCGAUCACAGGGAUGUAAUAUAAUAUCUGGUAAUUAUUCAGAAUUUUUCUCAAUGAGUACGAUUUUCUUACGAAUUUUAUACUAGGAAAUAAAAAGGAAAUAUAUUUAAAAUUCACAAAAAGAAAAGGAAAUAAGGGUGCGGACGUCAGGAUGACAUCAGCGCCCGGCGAACGCGAAUCAGGCGGAAACAGAGUUCCGCCCGGCGAUUCUUACGUAGGCGAUUACAGACGACUCAAUUAAUCAAAUUAAGAUCUGUAAAAGCCGGAAGAAUCGUAAUUGAACGAAGUAUAGUUUGGUAAAUAAAAAUCAACAAAGUAUCACUAAAUGAAGCGUAAAUUAAAUUGAAAGCAGGAAAACAGAGUUCCGGCGUCGCGACGGCGAUGCGUCGGCGAUGCACCGGAAUCCUGAGCGUUCGGGAGGAUCGUCGUGCAGUGUCCACGGCCUCGAAGGCUCUCCUUGGACAAAGACGACGUGGGCAAUCUCUAGAUAAAGCAGGAAAACAGAGUUCCGGCGUCGCGACGGCGACGCGUCGGCGAUGCACCGGAAUCCUGAGCGUUCGGGAGGGUCGUCGUGCAGUGUCCACGGCCUCGAAGGCUCUCCUUGGACAAAGACGACGUGGGCAAUCUCUAGAUCUUCUCGCGAAGUCUAGAGACCAAUGAAGUGGGUCGUCGAAUCGUCUCCGGCGGCUGUCACCCGGCGGAGCGGAAAAACGGCGACUUUGCGGCUCUCCGGCGGCUGUCACCCGACGGAGAGGGGCUGGAUGGAGGUGAGGCGCGUGUUAGGGAGCUUCAUCCUCAGGUCCGCGCAGCAAGAGGAGGCUCUUCAUCGCAUCUGGUACGCUCUCAGGAGGUGGCGACUGGUCUCCCGGCGGAUCGUCCUCUUCCCGACGACGGCUUGUUCGUCGAUCAAUCGGAGAUGA